CCGUCGUAGUAGCUACGAUCUCGUUUGACGCGACGCCCGAGGAACCAAACAGCUGAUCGGCAAAAAGCAAACGACGAAGUCACAGUGACUGAGCGUCUUUAUAGCAAAUUUCGUUCGUCGGUCUGCAAUUUCAAAGCAAUGUUCCGAGUGGCAGGUACCUCCAGCAGCCAGUAAGACCUUUACCAGGACGAAGGAGAGUUAGACUAUAGUGUGGUGCUACAAGUUUAUUAGCAGUUGGAGGAAGUGCAUAUUUAGCAGCUUUUGCAAGACCUCUAGUCAUGGCUUCUGGUACAUCUUUCUAUGACUUUAGUGCAGAUGAUAUAGAUGGCAAUACAGUUUCAAUGGAGAAGUACAGGGGCCAUACCUGCAUUGUUGUCAAUGUCGCAAGUAAGUGAGGUUUGACAAACGUGAACUACACCGAACUGGUGAAGCUUCACGAGCAAUAUGCCGACUCCAAAGGCCUUCGAAUUCUUGCAUUCCCUUGCAAUCAGUUUGGUGGCCAGGAACCAGGCACUGAGGCAGAAAUCAAAGCAUUUGCAGAAGGAUUUGGAGUCAAAUUUGAUAUGUUUUCUAAAGUCAAAGUAAAUGGAGAAGGGACUCACCCAAUAUUUGAAUUUUUGAAGUCUAAACAAGGUGGAACUCUGGGUAACUUUAUCAAAUGGAAUUUCACAAAAUUUAUUGUAAACAAGGAAGGUGUUCCUGUUGCUCGUUACUCUCCACAGACCAACCCUAUUCCUGCCAUUGAAAAGGACCUGGAGAAGUAUUGGUAGUACAUUACAGUACUACCAUAAGUAUGUGGAGGUUUGAAAAGGGCAAUUUUAUGGUAGCUUGUGAAACUUAAAUGGGUAAGUCAUCAACUAGAGCAACCAGCAGGAGUUUGUUGAACAUUUUGUGAUGAAGGUACAUAAGGAGAAAACAAGUUUUGGGCUUUUGCACUGGAAGUUUGUGUGUUAUACAUUUGCUCCUGCUGUUGAAACUAUUUGAUAAGGCCCAGUAAAUCUUUUUUUUUUUUCCAUUUUAUGAACAGAAACUUGAGUUUUGGUGUAGGUUUAAUUUUGUUGUUAGUAAUUGUGCCAUAGUGUAGCAUUAUUAUAUUGAAUCUGUCCAAGACCACGGUCUAGUCAGUAUCAGGUAUGAUCAAAACUUUAAGUGGUUGGUCAUUGACUCCCACAUUGUAAAUAACUUCAUUGUCUAAUGGAAAUUUAUUAAUACUUGAGAUUUGUUUUGACAUUCAAGUUGCUACUGUUCUGCUAACUUUCCAUCUGUGCAUUACAACAAAGCAGAACCAUGUAAUAAAGUUAUAAAAAUAAUUGUUAAUUUGAUUUUGUAUCUGAAAAAGUCCGAAAACAGCAUUUUGCAUACUGAGGUCAUUUUAUCUUGCCAAUAUGUUGAAAAACACCCUUGACUAAAACUUGAUGUUUUCACUGAACAGUUACUCAUUUAUGUGAUUUCCAACCUUUGGAUCUCUUGAGAGAGUUAAACCUAAAAAAUAUAUCUGUACCUGCUGAA